GCCCCAAAACAGCUGUCAGCCCACUAACUGUCAAGGAAAAAUAUACUGAUUUCACUCUUCGUUUCGCUGUGUGAAAACAACAAAUUAAACAAAUUAACUAAAUAAUAAAUUCCUCAAUAAUCCUUGAAAUUAUUUGUUUAUUGUUUGCUAAAUAAACCGUUAGCCAGUAAACUGUAGACACGCAAUAUCGCAGAAGACCAGAAAAACUAUUACAAACGAACAAUCGCAAUAAGACUUAUUCAGAAAUUAAACUUCUAAACAAGACUACGCUUUUCCAGCCGGUUGAGACAAGUACUUAAGGUCUAUCUUUUUUGCCCAUCCCAAAGAUAUUGGACACAACUAGUGUUCUUUUUAGAAUGAGCCUUCACAGAUGGCUGUAUCGGAGAGAAUAUGGCCUGAGGUCCAUGCGUGGAGAUUUUGAUAAUGUUAUGAAUUUGGUCUAUGGAUCGCUGACCGAUUUCGAACACUGGAACGAUAUACCAAAUCAAACCUCAGAUUAUGGAGCUGUUUUCAAUUUGGAAUUUUCUCCCAAAGGUAAUGUCUUGGUAGCUGCCUGCGAAAAGAAGUCAAUACUAUUUUUUGAUACGGUAACACAGAAGCAGACAUAUCACAUCAAGGAUGCGCACAAUGACAAUGUGAAUUGUAUCAAAUUUCUAGAUGAACGUAUGUUUGCCACUUGCUCCGAUGAUACAACAGUUGCUUUGUGGGAUUUAAGAUUCCUGAAGAAGAAAGUUCGAAGUUUACAUGGUCAUUCUAAUUGGGUGAAAAAUAUUGAAUAUUCACACAAAGAUAAUCUAUUGGUGACAUCUGGUUUCGAUGGAAGCAUAUUUACAUGGGACAUUAAUUCCCACACAGAACAGGGUCUUAUAUAUCAAAAAGUUUUUCACACUAGCGGAUUAAUGCGCUGCCGCAUUUCUCCAGAUUGUACAAAACUGGUAAUUUGUUCGACAGGAGGCUAUCUUAUGAUAAUACAUCAUUUAGACUUGACCUCAUUGCAUAAGGAUUUAAAUGGAUUUAGGCCCAGCAUUUAUCGUUUAAUGCAAAUGGGUCAUCAGUAUAUACCCCAAGCGGCCAAAUUUGAUCAUGUAUUUUCCAAGAAGCAAAAGAAAAAUCGUGUUGAAUUGGUGACCGAUUUUCCCGAAGAAAACGAUGCUGAAGUUAUAUUAGCUUUGCAAAUCCAUCCUUUAGGACAUUCAAUAUUAAGCCGUAAUAUAAGCUAUGAUGAGAAGACUGAAUGGUCAUGUAUCCACGAUAUAAACGAAGAACCAACUGAUAUUACCGAACAGGUACAGGAGGAACAUCAAAGUUCGAAAAGAAAACGUAAAUUAGUCUGUGAGAGUGAAGAUGAAUCACAAAGUGGCAUGGGUGCUGGUGGUGAUGAAAGUGGCGAUUCUACAGAUGAUUUACUGUUCAGUAUAAAUCGUCGACAACGUGUAUUAAGACCUCGUCUUCCAGGACGUGGUGCACCACCCCCUCCACCUCCAACUUUACCAUCAGCAUCGUCUUCUUCAAGUUCCUCUACUGCAAAUAAUACUGUCCCAAGUAGUCAACCCCAAUCAACAACAGCUGCGGCGGCUGCAGCUUCAAAUCAAACAUUCGUCCCCGACAUUUGGGCCGCUGAGGUUACUGUACAAGAACGUGCAAUACGCCAAAAUCGCCCCCGCAAUUCAAAUGCCGUUACCGGAUAUAAUUAUGUAUAUGCCAUUAGCAGUGGCGUACUCCCAGCAAUAGCUGCCUCAGCCUCCUCCAAUCGCAGUGGCAAUGAUAGUACAAACAAUCGUUCAUCAGAUUCCCCAUCGAGAAGAUCAGGGCGUUCGUAUCGAUCAGAUGCAGCAGCGAAUUCAACCGAUGGCAGCAGUACAUCCAGCAGUGAUUCCCCACCGUAUUUACCACUUGGUCGCAUACGUGUGCGUCCAUUAAUCAUACCACUGAAACGUAACAAUUACUACAAUCGGGAAAGGAAAAUCUUUGAAAAUCCCAAAAAGCUAAUGUAUUACAUUCAAGAACCCAACAAAGGUAAGGGAUUCAUUAAAGAGCCGAGUUUUUCGGCUGAUGGUCGUAUUGUUUGCUCGCCCUAUGACAAUGGUGUACGAUUGUUGGGCUAUACGGAAACCAGUUCAGAGUAUCCACAACAUUUUCAGGAAAUCGAAACAAUCAAACAAAAGCCCCGCACACUAUGUGUGUUGAAAGAACUGCGAUGUCACGACGACAAGGUUCUUAGCACAAAAUUCAGUCCAACAGAGCCAUUGCUGGCAACCGGUUGUAAAAGUGGUAAAGUUGUUUGGUAUCAUCCGGUUUUGUAAAUUAAAAAUAAUAAUAAUAAUAAUGCGACAAUUUCUUCGUAUUAUUUUAUAUAAUCAUAUUUAUUUUCAUUUAAAUCACAUUUCCUUUUGAAAUAACCUCCAAUAGUUCUAUGUAUAUAUUUGUAUUAAAAAAAAUCGGUUAUGGCUGAUUUUACAAAACGCUAAGAACCCCUUUUUAUAAAAUUAGACCAUACCCUCUUUGGAUUUUAAUUGUAGACUUUUUAAUUUAUAAGGCAAAGAAAAACAAAAUAUGUUUAGUAAUUUGAAAUAUUUUUUUUCUUUUUGUAUUUUAGCCAGCACCAACUACCAGAAAUAUUUUUUGGUUUGCACAAUUUUCUCAAUAAAAUAUACAUGGUUACAUUUCAACAUUUUUCAUGUGAUGUUUUUUGUAUUAUGUCUUAAUUUUUGUGCAAACCAAUGAAUACUUAAGGCAUUGUUGUGUUUUGAUUCUAAAAUUUCUCGUUCUUAAUAUGUAUAAUUACAAUUUUAUAAAAACAAACCCCCUGCCCCCCAAAAAGAAAAUCGUUUGAAAGUUGAUUUUCAAUACAUCUAUCUAUAAGAUAAGAAGUACAUUAAUUGGAUAUUAAUAUAAAUAAAAACUGUUCGAAAAUAUACAA